CUUCUCUCGUCAGGCCACUCCCGGGAAGCGCACUGCUGCUCCGCCUCGCACACGGACGCACGGACGCUGUCCUCGCGCGCCUCGGCUGCUGUGCGCUCUUCUCCGUCCGCGCGCGUCUUCUCCUCUUUCUACUGUCCGGAUCUAGGGGGGGCGGGGGUGUCGAGGUGGAGGCAUGUAGCAGAGGAUCCACGGCGCAGAGCGAGCAGCAUGUAGCAGCACCUGGAGCUCCGCGAACAUCGCCCGCCUCCCUCCUCCUCCGGCUCCUCUGCCCUGCCGGAGCGCUCGUUGCUCCUCUCGGGCUGAAGCAUCGCCUGCACCGGGAUCUUUCCGAGGAUUUUUUUUCUGUAGGGGUGGGUGGGGGGUUUGUUUACUGCACGGGAGUGUGAGCGUGUUCCUCCCCGCCGCUCUGCACCUCUCGGUCGAUGGUCGUUGGGGAAGCUUCCAUCUUGAGUCCCGUGUCUACCGAGAGAACCAUGGCGAGCGACUCCCCGGCACGGAGUCUGGACGAGAUAGACCUGUCUGCACUACGGGACCCAGCUGGUAUCUUUGAGCUGGUCGAACUGGUUGGGAAUGGCACCUAUGGGCAGGUCUACAAGGGUCGCCAUGUCAAAACUGGCCAGCUCGCUGCCAUCAAGGUCAUGGAUGUCACAGGCGAUGAGGAGGAGGAGAUUAAAGCCGAGAUCAACAUGCUGAAGAAGUACAGCCACCACAGGAACAUAGCAACCUAUUAUGGAGCCUUCAUCAAGAAAAAUCCUCCAGGAGUGGACGACCAGCUCUGGCUGGUGAUGGAGUUCUGCGGGGCCGGCUCGGUGACAGAUCUGAUCAAAAACACCAAAGGGAACUCCCUGAAGGAGGAGUGGAUCGCCUACAUCUGCAGAGAGAUCCUCAGGGGUCUGACCCACCUCCACCAGCACAAGGUCAUCCACAGAGAUAUCAAAGGCCAGAACGUGCUGCUGACGGAGAACGCGGAGGUCAAACUCGUGGACUUUGGUGUGAGUGCUCAGCUGGACCGUACGGUGGGACGGAGGAACACGUUUAUUGGGACCCCGUACUGGAUGGCCCCGGAGGUCAUCGCCUGUGACGAGAAUCCUGAUGCCACGUAUGACUUCAAGAGUGAUCUGUGGUCGCUCGGUAUCACAGCCAUAGAGAUGGCAGAGGGAGCGCCACCUCUGUGUGACAUGCAUCCAAUGAGGGCGCUCUUCCUCAUCCCCAGAAAUCCUGCCCCGAGACUCAAAUCAAAGAAGUGGUCGAAGAAGUUCCAGUCGUUCAUAGAGAGCUGCCUGGUGAAGAGUCACAGCCAGAGGCCGAGCACCGAGCAGCUCCUCAAGCACCCCUUCAUCAGAGACCUCCCCAACGAGCGGCAGGUCCGCAUCCAGCUGAAGGACCACAUCGACCGCACCAAGAAGAGGAGGGGCGAGCGAGAUGAGACGGAGUACGAGUACAGUGGGAGUGAGGAAGAGGAUGAAGAGAGGGACAUAGGAGAGCCCAGCUCCAUCAUCAAUAUUCCGGGCGAGUCCACGCUGAGGCGAGACUUCCUGCGUCUGCAGCUGGCCAAUAAGGAGCGGUCGGAGCUGAUCCGGCGUCAGCAGCUGGAGCAGCAGCAGAACGAGGAGCACAAGCGCCAGCUACUGGCCGAGAGACAAAAACGUAUAGAAGAGCAGAAAGAGCAGCGGCGACGGCUGGAGGAGCAACAGCGUCGCGAGCGAGAGCUGAGGAAGCAACAGGAGCGAGAGCAGAGGAGGAGGUAUGAAGAGAUGGAGCAGCUCCGCCGCGAGGAGGAGAGGAGGCACGCCGAGAGAGAGCAGGAGUAUAUCCGUAGACAGCUGGAGGAGGAGCAGAGGCAGCUGGAGAUCCUGCAGCAGCAGCUCCUGCAGGAGCAGGCCCUACUGCUGGAGUACAAGAGGAAGCAGAUCGAGGAGCAGCGGCAGGCCGAGCGGCUGCAGAGGCAGCUGCAGCAGGAGCGGGCGUACCUGGUGUCGCUGCAGCAGCAGCAGGAGCCGGCGCGACCGCCGCAGGACAAGAAGCAGCUGUACCACUACAAGGAUCAGGCGCCCAGCAGCAACGACAAGCCCACCUGGGCCAAAGAGGUGAUGCAUCGAGCUCAGAGCAACUCCCCCCGCAUCGCCCCAAAGAACUAUAACUCCUUCACAGAGAAGCAAGACAUCAACUUUGAAGAGCUCCUCAAGCUCCCUGGGUACAAACCUCGGCCCCGUCCCCCCUCCUACCCUGUCCACGUCAGCCCCACCAGACAUCACAUUCACACACCUCGAAUCCGCAUCACCUGCGUCCCCGAGCCCGCCUACUCUGAGCCUGUGGGGUCCCGGAGGAGCCCUGACACGAGUCCCGACAGGAGCGCUGACUCCAGGGGCCGCAGCCCCAGCCGCUUGCAUAAAGUCUCCAACCGGAUCUCAGACCCAACCCUGCCGCCUCGCUCCGAGUCCUUCAGCAGCGGGGGCAUCCAGCAGGCCCGGACUCCGCCCAUGCACCGCUCCAUGGAGCCACAGAUGGCCCACCUGGUGCAGGUGAAGAGUCAUGGCUUGUCAGGCUCCCAGUCCCUGUACGACCCCCACGGCGUGUCCUCCUCCUCGGCGUUGCCCUCCCCCUCCCGGCCUCCCAUGCCCCGGCAGAACUCUGACCCCACCUCUGACACCCCUCCUCCCCCGCCCCUGUCCCGCCUGGCGCCCCCCCUCGACAAACUGGACCGCAGCUCCUGGCUGCGGCAGGACGACGACAUGCCCCCUAAGGUUCCUCAGAGGACGACCUCCAUCUCUCCGGCUUUGGUCAGGAAGAACUCUCCUGGAAACGGGCCAGGCCUCGGCCCGCGGGCCGGCGCUCACCUCAUACGGGCCAGCAACCCUGACCUGCGGAGGCCCGACAUGUACUUGGACACUCCCCUGAAGAGAACAAGCAGCGGCAGCUCCUCCAGCUCCAGCACCCCCAGCUCUCAGGGAGGCUCCAACGAGCGCGGUAAUUCAGCCUCUAAGACUGAAGGCCACGACGCCAAAGACGACAACAGAGAGAUAACCCGACCCAGCAGGCCUGCAAGCUAUAAGAAAGCUGUAGACGAGGAUCUGACGGCUCUGGCCAAAGAGCUUAGAGAGCUGCGGCAGGGCGAGGAAACCAGCCGCCCGCCGGUCAAAGUGACUGACUACUCGUCGUCCAGUGAGGAGUCCCACAGCAGCGAGGAUGAGGAGGGAGAGGGCGGGGCUAACGAUGGAUCUGUGGCCGUCAGUGAUAUCCCACGCAUCAUGCCCGCUGCGAGUCAGAGCACCAACGAGUCCUUCGGCACAGCGGGAGAGCACAACGACACCAACGAGGACACGUAUGCAAACAGCUCCCAGGACAGCACCCUGGUGAUGCGUGAGAAACACAGGGAACGGAGGCGGAGCUCAACCGCCAGCAACGGUUUCCCCGGCAAACUGUUCUAUGGCAGCGCCAAUCUCCCCGAUUUGGUGCAGCAAAGCACCUCCCCCCUGGUCUCUCCAGGGGAUGCCUCUGGGGUCCAAUUUGGCAUGGGAGGCAGCGGAGGCUCCAAGUCCUCCUUCACGCCAUUUGUUGAUCCGAGGGUGUACGGGACCUCCCCGACCGACGAAGAUGAUAAAACCUCAGCCUCAGCGCUGUUUGCUGAUGAGUUGCUGAAGCAGGAGCAGGCGAGGCUCAAUGAGGCCCGCAAGAUCUCCGUGGUCAACGUCAACCCCACUAACAUCAGGCCGCACAGCGACACGCCCGAGAUCCGUAAAUACAAGAAACGCUUCAACUCGGAGAUCCUCUGUGCGGCUCUCUGGGGAGUGAACCUGCUGGUGGGAACGGAGAACGGCCUGAUGCUGCUGGAUCGAAGCGGUCAAGGCAAAGUUUACAACCUGAUCAAUCGAAGGCGCUUCCAACAGAUGGACGUCCUGGAGGGACUCAACGUCCUGGUCACCAUCUCAGGGAAGAAGAACAAGCUGCGGGUUUACUACCUGUCCUGGCUGAGGAACAGGAUAUUACACAAUGACCCUGAAGUGGAGAAGAAACAGGGUUGGAUUACAGUCGGGGACCUGGAGGGCUGCGUGCAUUACAAAGUCGUGAAGUACGAGAGGAUUAAAUUCUUGGUGAUUGCUCUGAAGAACUCAGUUGAGAUCUAUGCCUGGGCACCUAAACCUUACCACAAGUUUAUGGCUUUCAAGUCUUUCACUGACCUGCAGCAUCGCCCCCAGCUGGUGGACCUGACUGUAGAGGAAGGGCAGAGGUUAAAGGUCAUCUACGGCUCUAGUGUUGGCUUCCAUGUAAUUGAUGUGGAUUCUGGAAAUCCCUACGACAUCUACAUCCCCUCACAUAUUCAGGGUCAGGUGACCCCGCACGCCAUCGUGGUUCUGCCCAAGACGGACGGCAUGGAGAUGCUGCUGUGCUACGAGGACGAGGGCGUCUACGUCAACACCUACGGACGCAUCACCAAAGACGUGGUGCUGCAGUGGGGCGAGAUGCCCACCUCCGUCGCCUACAUCCACUCCAAUCAGAUCAUGGGCUGGGGAGAGAAGGCCAUUGAGAUCCGGUCCGUGGAGACGGGACACCUCGACGGAGUUUUCAUGCACAAGCGAGCUCAGCGACUGAAGUUCCUGACGGAGAGGAACGACAAGGUCUUCUUCGCCUCGGUGCGUUCUGGAGGCAGCAGUCAAGUCUUCUUCAUGACCCUCAACAGAAGCUCCAUGAUGAACUGGUAACCCUUCCACCUCUUGGACCCGCAACCCUUGUUUUCUUCACCCCGAACAUUGGCCACUGAGGGAUGGAGGGAUGACAGGAGGACGGUGUAUGUGUGUGUAAAUGUGUGCGCGUGCGUGUGUUUGUGGAUAAACGGACAAUUGAGCAUCAGGAGAAAACUGCAGGAGUGUGCCCACCCCACACACACCCCCCCUCCAGCUGCAGGGGGCACUACAGGGCCCCCGCGGACGGUGCCACUGCCUGCUGAGCAAAGGCGACUCCUCGUGCUGUCGGCGGACGACGCCUCCUCCUCCCCUGCAGGCCAACGGCUGCUGUGGACAUGCCGAGUAGCCUUCGACCUCCCCGUUCGAUUGAGUGAGGAGCUGCAGAGUGUAGCACAUCAGUGACUUUACAUCACAGCAGUGUUCACACUGCGGGCACAGCGGCAGGUGGUUUGGCGUGUCACAGUGAAAGCUGGUACUGCUUCUUAUACUGUGAUUAAAUUAGGUUAGAAGCAUGAGCGUCCACACUAAGCCUGCUGGAUCUGACAGUUUUGUGGAUUUGAGCGCCACCAAAUGAACGUUGACGAUCGUGAGGAUGUUUUGUCACCUGCACACAACGUGGUUUCUGGCUGCCUUUAAGUUUCUGCUGAGACAAACUAGUCCCUCGAAAUAAUCGCCUUCCUUUGUCUCGAUGCACAUUUGACUCAGUAAGAAGUGAGAGGGGUGCGCACAGAUGGCUUUAUUUAAGGUAGUGUUAAAAGAAUAGAGAUCAUGGCAAAGACUUAUUUAUAGCCAAAAGCGACUCGCUUUGCAGAAUCUUUCAAAUAAAGAAUUUCAGGCUUUAGAAGAAGUUAAAAAAUCCUCAGAGAGAAAUUGUUUUGUUAGUUUCUCAAAAGCAGAGGAAGAGAUGUGAAUGACGCAGUGGAAAGAGAGUUAGUGUGACCUUAACCUCCCAGGACCUGGCGUCCACAGAUGUGGCUUAUUUAGACCAAAAUACUCAAUUUUGCUCUACAAGGGCCUGAUAUCCACUU